AUGCAGGUGCGGCAGACGCUGGGGCUGCUGUCGGGGGCCGUGGGGGGGGACCUGACGCAGCUGGAGGAGACGCUGGGCCUCCGCACCGAGUUCGUGGCCGUCGUGCGCAACACGCGGCGCCAGGCCGAGGCUGUGGCCCAGAUCCUGACGGGUCUCCCGUUCUGGGGGGCCCUGGGGGGCAACCCCAGCCAGCUGGCCCACGACCUGGCCUCCCUGGAGGACUACAGGUGGCUGGCCUAUAUCCUGCUGCUGCUGCUGGACCUGGUCAUUUGCCUCUUCACCCUGCUGGGGCUGGCCAAGCAGAUCAAGUGGCUGGUGGUCGUAAUGACUGUGAUGAGUUUCUUCGUUCUCAUCCUGAGCUGGGGCUCCCUGGGGCUGGAGACAGCAGCAGCUGUGGGACUCAGCGAUUUCUGCUCUGACCCAGACGGCUUCGUCCUGAACCUGACCCAGGCCCAGACAGAACUGAGCCCAGCAGAAAUCCUCCAGUACUAUCUCGUCUGCAGCCAGGACGUCCCGAACCCCUUCCAACAGAGGCUGACCAUGUCGCAGCGGGCGCUGUCCAGCAUCCACUCCCAGCUGCACGGCCUGGAGAGAGAAGCUAUCCCACAAUUCCCUGCGGCAGAGAGGAACCUGGUCUCUGUGCAGGGCACCCUGAACACCACGGAGAGCAACUUCCACCAGCUGGUCGCGCUGCUCAACUGCCGGGGACUUCACAAGGACUACGUGGACGCAGUCAAGGGGCUCUGUUAUGACGGCAUGGAGGGGCUGCUUUUCCUGCUGCUCUUCUCCCUCCUCUCGGCCCUCGCCUUCACCACGGCUGUCUGCAGCCUGCCCCGCGCCUGGGAGAGGUUCCACAGCAGGGACAUGGCAUACGAAGACGCGGAGGAUGACGACCCCUUCACCCCUCAGGCACGUAGCCCCCCGCCCCGUUCCAGCCUGCGCCUCUCGGCCCCACCCAUUUCCAACGCCCCCGUCUCACAGUACAUGAAUCAAAGCGGUUUGUUCAGUGGCAGUCCUCGAUAUGAUAGCGUGCCCCUCCUCGACCGGCACUCCCCGCCCCCCUCGUACUCACCCAGCAUGCAGGCAUCUUACGUCGGCGCCAGCCAAGAGGAACCAGGCCCCCGAUACCGAAUGGACUUGCUGACCUAGAAUCCGACCCACGGCCCCCACCCCUGACUAACACAUGGACCGGCUGCCCCUCCUCCCUGCCCCCGUCCGAGUGCUGCUGGGCCGGACAGAACCAAACAGGGGGAAGGAGAGAGACCGGGGCUGCGCCCCCUGGCCGCCUCCUGCUGACCCGUCCCUCCGUCUACCUGGGUUUGAUGCCAGGGGCCUGUGCCCCUGAGAAGGGUUGUGGGCUGAAGGAGGAGGGUUUCCCCAUAAGAAUCCCAAGGGAGAGAAAAUGGGGAAAGCAGAAGGAUGAAUGGAGGAGUGGAAGAAUGAGUGUGAGAGAGCAGAAAGGAUGAAUGGAGGAAGAAAGGAGUGAAAGGGAAGGAAAGAAGAAGUAGAGUGAAUGGAUGGGGGGGAAGAAUGGAGAAAUUAAAAAAGAAUGAAUGAAUGAAUGAAUGAAUAAAUGAACGAAUGAAUGAAUGAGCAAAAAGAGUUGAAAGAAUAAAUUAAGGCGAAGGAAUGCGUGGGGAAAAAGAAUGAAGAGAGAAAGAAGGAAGGAAAAAUGUGGAAAAAACUAAAAAAAUGGUGAAAGAAGGAGGGGGGAAAGAAUGAAAGGCCAGAAAGAAGGAGCGAAAGGAGGAACGAGAGAGUGAACGGAUGAAUGAGUGGGAAAAGAACACAGGAGAAAAAAAGAAAAGAAAUCAAAGCCUGCCUGAACUGACAGGGAGCGUGAAAGAGACAGAGUGAAGGAAUGAAGUGUGAAAAAACAGAGCGAAAGAAUGCGGGAAAGAUGGGAAAGGAGCGAAUGGAGGAACGAAAGAGGGGAUGGGACAAGAAAGAGUAAAGGAAUGAAGGAGUGAAAAAGCACAGAUGAAAAGGGGCCCAUCGAAAAAGGAGGAAACGAGAGAGCAAGGGGGCAAGACAGAGCGGGCGAGUGGACCAGAAGAGAGAGCAGUGGCCGGCCAGCCAGACAAGUGAGCCCGGCAGCAACACGGGGCCCGGCCACUCCCAGGGAGCCAGCCCCAAUUAACGUCUAACCCCCCUGCUGUAGGGGGCCAGCCCCCAGCCCCUGGGCUGUAGAGCAGAGACCUAUAGGCAGAAGAGAGAGGUGACUAGCGGGAGCUGGGGGGGACCCCACCUGCCGUCCCAAUUAGCGCCUCGGCCACUAACGAGUCUUUGAUCCAGAGGAACGAGAAAUAAAAGGGACAUUUUAUUUUAAA